UGUAUGUGAAAAAUUCCACUUAAUUUAAUAAAUUCAAUAAAAAUAUAGACUGAAACAGCUUUAAAGAAAUGGAUGACGACCUAGAGGAUCCAAGCAAGAGCUUCAUCAUUUUUGGCCGCGAUGUUGCCAAGAUACCAUGCUUUCGUAACAGUUUUCUUUAUGGUAUCAGCGGUGGUAUAGGCAUAGGACUGUUGACUUUUUUGGGUACCUCUCGCACACAUCUCUCCACUCAUGUAGGCUUUGGCUCCUUUUUCUGUGGCACAAUUGCUUAUUGGAUGGCAUGCAGGUAUCAAUGGUCCGCUCGCCGGUUUGAGCAACAACAGUUGCGGGAAGCUAUGCGCCGGCAGGCAAUGUACGAAGGAACGGAAAAAGAGCGUGAAUUAGAUCUUAAGUCUGCGUAGCACACAUGUGUUUAAACAUGUGAACAUAUUAUGAACAGAUGUGGUAGAUUUAUAUUACCUACCCAGGUACAAAGUUUUUAGUGAACAACAGUUUCUCUGUAUGUACAAUACGUUUUUUAUUAUUUUAAUUGUUAUCUCUGCUGAUGAUUGUUUAAACUAUUAAACUAUAUAUAUAAGUUA